UUUAAUGCAGGAGGCAACAAACAGGUUCUUGCCAUGGGUGACAAGGGAGCUGGCAACCACUCAGAUGUAACUGACUUCAUUCUUGUAGGCUUCAGGGUCCGUCCAGAGUUCCACAGUCUCCUCUUCCUCCUAUUCCUGCUGGUCUAUGGCAUGGUCCUUUUGGGGAACAUUAGUAUGAUGGCAAUCAUUGUGACUGAUUCUCAGCUGAACACACCAAUGUAUUUCUUUCUAGGCAAUCUGUCCUUCAUUGACCUCUCCUACUCUACUGUUAUUGCACCCAAAGCCAUGGUCAACUUCCUGUCUGAGAAAAAGACUGUCUCCUUUGCAGGGUGUGCCGCCCAGUUCUUCCUUUUUGCCCUCUUCAUUGUAACAGAGGGAUUUGUCUUGGCAGCCAUGGCCUAUGACCGCUUCAUCGCCAUCUGCAAUCCUCUUCUUUAUAGUGUCCACAUGUCAAGACGCCUUUGCACUCAGCUGGUUGCUGGUUCUUAUUUCUGUGGCUGGGUGAGUUCCAUCCUCCAAGUCAGUGUAACAUUCUCAGUAUCUUUCUGCGCAUCUCGAGUCAUUGAUCACUUCUACUGUGAUUCUUACCAAAUUGAGAAGAUUUCCUGUUCUAAUCUCUUUGUCAAUAAGAUGGUAUCUUUUAGUUUGGCUGCCUUCAUUAUUUUGCCCACAAUAGUUAUUAUUGUAAUAUCUUACAUGUAUAUUGUGACCACAGUCUUGAAGAUCCCCUCCAGUGAAGGGAGGAAGAAAGCCUUCUCCACUUGCAGCUCUCAUCUGGGGGUUGUAAGUUUGCUGUAUGGGACUGUCUUCUUUGUGUAUCUCAUACGUCCAAGCAAUGCUGAACUUCAUAAAGUGGCUUCAGUAUUUUAUAUAUUGGUCACACCCAUGUUAAAUCCUCUGAUCUACUCUCUUAGAAACAAGGAUGUCAAACUAGCUUUGAGAAAAGUCCUAUGGAAGAGAAAAGCUUUAUCCUCGUGA